AUGGGAGAAGAAGCUCCUAAACCGAAAACUGAGGCUCAAUUGAAGAAGGAUGCGGCCAAAGCCGCUAAGCUGGCCAAGUUCGAAGCUAAGCAGAAAAAGCAACAAGAGGAGAAAGCUAAAGCUAAGGACAAAGAGCCAAAGAAGGAGCUGAAGAAGGACGUGAUCGAAUACAAGGGAAACACCAAGCCUGGAGAGAAGAAAGGUGAGGUUUUUUCUAUUUUUGAUUGAUUUUUAGGCGGAAUUUAGGUUUAGAAUGAAGAGGAGAUAAGUUUCAAGCUUUUAAAGUGUAUGUAAGGCAUUAAAUAAUAGGGAAACUUUAGUUGUUCCAAUUUCCGUCAGCAAGGGUCUAGUGUAAUAUAACGUUCUGUGAUUUUUUGAUGGUUUUAAACGUUUUCCUUUUUUGCAAAGUUGAAAUAAGAGUAAUAUAACUAUACUUGUUUUAUUUUUGGUAAAAACGAUGAAGAAUAGAGAAUAUACCUUGUGUUAGAAGAUUAUAUAUUAACUUAUCUUGUUUAGAUGUUUCAAGUGAAUUCCCGUCGGCGUACAGUCCGAAAUACGUAGAGACUGCUUGGUACGAAUGGUGGGAGAAGGAAGGCAUCUUCAGACCUGAGUAUGGCCAAAAGGACUUGACGUAAGUUGACCUUCUAUCAUAAAUGUUAACCUCUAUUUAGAACAACAUCUAAUUUUUUUUGUUUUUAAUAAUUAUAGACGUUUUUUAGAGAAAAAUGUUUAUUUAUUGCUUUUCUUAACAAAAAUUAAUGUUUUAAAACGUUUUUUAUUAGUACAUAUAGACUUUACAGCAAGCCCAACCCAAAAGGUUCGUUUACUUUGGUGAUUCCACCUCCUAAUGUGACUGGAACGCUGCAUUUGGGACAUGCAUUAGCCACUUCUAUGGAAGAUACUGUGUGUAGAUGGUAAGUAUGGUAUUUCAGAUUUCUUUCUGAAGGUUUAUUCUUUAGACAUUCGUGUAGUAUUUGAUUUAUAUUUUAUUUGUUGUUCAAGUAAAUGCUUUUCUUUUUAUGCCAUUUUUUGUAUUUUUAAUUGUUUAAGACUUUGAAUUUAAGUUUUUAAUGUUAAAAAUGAUGUUUCAGGCAUCGUAUGCAUGGCAAGACAGUCUUGUUCAACCCAGGUUGUGAUCAUGCUGGAAUUGCUACUCAAGUUGUUGUAGAGAAGAAAUUAGCUCGGGAACGAGGUAUUUCUCGAUACGACUUGGGAAGAGAGAAGUUCAUUGAAGAAGUUUGGAAAUGGAAGAAAGAGUAAGUUUUGUUAAAGAAAAGUUGUGUCUAAACGGUGUUUGGGCUGUAUCAGGCUUGAGAAUUAUGGUGUAGUAGGUGAAUUUGAUCUUUUAGUGAGUUUUACUGUUUUCAACUGGUUUUUGAAGCUUUUGUUGUUAUCUAAUGUAGUUUUUGUGAUUGAUUUUGUAAUAUUUUAUAUUAUUUUAGGAAAGGCGUGGCCAUUUAUGACCAAAUCCGCAAGAUGGGAGCUUCUGUUGAUUGGGACCGUGCUGUCUUCAUGAUGGAUCCAAAAAUGGUUCGCGCUGUCAACGAAGCCUUCAUUCGUAUGUUCGAAAAGGGUGUAAUCUACCGGUCGACUCGUCUCGUUAACUGGUGUUGCACGUUGAGAUCAGCCAUCUCGGAUAUUGAAGUAGACAAGAAGGAAUUGACUGGUCGAACUCAACUCUCGGUACCAGGCUACGAAGAGAAGGUUGAAUUUGGAGUUUUGACUUCAUUUGCUUAUAAGCUUGAAGGUAGCGAUGAUGAGAUUGUGGUCGCCACAACUCGUAUUGAGACCAUGUUGGGUGAUGUUGCUAUUGCUGUACAUCCUCAAGAUGAGAGGUAUACGAAAUAUGUUGGAAAGGUGAGUUUAAAAUUGCAAAUAUAAUUGAGCUUUUAGGUUUAUAGGAAAUAAAAUAUGGUUAAAAGUAGUUGUUUUGGCAAUAUUUUUACGUUGCUAUUCUAUAUAUUAUUAACCUCUAUACUUUUCAGUACGCCAUUCACCCCUUCCUGGAUCGAAAACUCAUCAUCGUAGCAGAUUCGUUCGUUGAAAAAGACUUUGGUACAGGAUGUGUCAAAAUCACCCCCGCCCACGACCCUAACGAUUAUGACGUCGGAGUGAGACACAACUUACCCAUGAUCAACAUCCUCAGCGACGACGGCAACCUCCUCGACAAUUGCGGUGAAUUCUCUGGCCUACCACGGUUUACGGCCAGAAAACUUGUCUCUGAAAAGCUGGACAAACUUGGUCUGUUGAGAGGUUCUGUCGACAAUCCUAUGGUCGUGCCAAUGUGUAGUAGGUCCAAGGACAUCAUUGAGCCGGUGGUGAAGGCACAGUGGUACAUUAAGUGCACGGAAAUGGGCAAAAAAGCGGUGGAUGCGGUGAAGAAUGGGGAUUUGAAGCUGAUUCCAAGUUAUCAUGAGAGCACGUGGUAAGGUUUUAUAAGUUUAAAAGUUAUGAUACGGCGGAUAAAUAAUAGAUUGUUCAAAUAAUUCUGUGCUCCAUAACCAAGAAAAUUGAAAAAAUAGCAAAAAAGGUUGAGAGGGGCACAGUAUUAUUUGAACAACCUAAUAAUAAAUUUUAAAAAAUUGUAUGUCGUUUAAAUAAUUUUGUGCCCAUAACUAGGAAAAUUAGAUUUAAAAGGGGCACAGAAUUAAUUAAGCAAUCGAAUAAUUAAAAAGUUACAAAAUUUUUUAAUUUUAGGUACCGCUGGCUAGAAGACACUAGAGAUUGGUGUAUCUCGAGACAACUUUGGUGGGGCUUUCAGAUUCCGGCCUAUUUUGUGACCAUCAAUGAAAAAGGAGCUCCGAAAGGUGAAGAUACUGAUGGAAACUUCUGGGUCUGUGCCAAAACUGAAGACGAGGCCAAGGAAAAGGCGGCCAAGAAGUUUAAGGUGAGGUUUUGGGGGAAUGCUUUAGGUAUUGAUUGUAAAUAGUUUGGGUAUGAUGAGCUUUAGGUAUGAAUGAAGUUUUUGUUUGAUUUAUAAGGUAAUUGAUUACGAUUUUUAAGAUCAAUUUCGUAUUUUAGGUCUUCAAAGAAAAGAUUACUUUGAGAAGAGACGAAGACGUCUUGGACACAUGGUUCAGUUCAGGAAUGUGGCCGUUUGCUCUCUUCGGAUGGCCAGAGAAUACUAUAGAUUUUAAGCGUUUUUUCCCUGGAAAUGUCCUCGAAACUGGUCACGAUAUCUUGUUCUUCUGGGUAGCCAAGAUGGUCUUCAUGGCUCAGGAACUCACUGGUGAACUUCCGUUUAAUGAGGUAAGGGUAAUAAAGUAAGGGCUAUGGAAUAACGGCCCAUGUCUUGCUUACUUUACAUAUAUAUCAAUUUUGAUGAAACGAUGAUUGAUACUGGGCUAAAGGUUGAUUUUAAAAAUGAUUUUGAAGUUAUUUGACUAUUGAUAUUGCUAAAAUCAAAAUAAGUUUGAUUUCUUGGAGUUUGGCAAAAUUUUAAAUCAAAUUCUAUUUUUUUUUCCAUUUUAAGGUCCUUCUCCACGCAAUGGUAAGAGAUGCUCACGGUCGCAAAAUGUCUAAAUCCCUUGGCAAUGUCAUCGACCCCCUAUUUGUGAUCCAUGGCAUCACUUUGGACGAACUCAAAGAAACUUUGGAAGGCGGCAACCUCGACCCGAAGGAAGUCGAGAAAGCCAAAGCUGGCCAAGCCAAAGACUACCCCAAUGGCAUCCCAGAAUGUGGAACCGAUGCCCUAAGAUUCGCUCUAAUGGCAUACAAUGGAGCCGGCAGAGACAUCAAUCUGGACGUCUUGCGAGUCCACGGAUAUCGUUGCUUCUGUAACAAGAUCUGGCAAGGAACCAAGUUCAUGUUUAUGCAAAUGGGCGACAACUACCAACCGGCUCCCGAAUUCAAGCUUACCGGAAACGAAUCGACCGGAGAUAAGUGGAUCCUGUCACGAUUGGCAUAUGCGACACAGAAGUGUGACGAUGGAUUCAAAGCCUACAACUUCCAAGACGUCACCACUGCCUUGUACAACUUUUGGCUGUACGAGUUCUGCGACAUCUACUUGGAAGCCAUCAAGCCAGACAUGGCCAAGAAGGACCCCAAGAUCACCGACACGAUUAGAGCCGUCCUCUACGCUUGUGUCGACGGCUUCCUUCGCCUCAUCUCACCAUUCAUGCCAUUCAUCACCGAAGAGUUGUGGCAACGUCUACCGAAACGAGCUUCAGUCACGGCGGUUAGUGUGGCUGUAGCCGAAUACCCACACCCAGAAGAUUAUAAGGAGUUGAGGAAUGACAAGCUGGAAAAGGAAAUGGACUUGGCCAUGGAGAUCGUGAAGAAGAUCCGGUCGAUUCGUACGGACAGGAAGAUCCCCAACAAGACCAGGAUUGAUGGUAAGUUAAAUAAGCGACGAUUUAAAUUGAAAAUGAUUAAACUUUAUAUCAAACGCCAUUCUUUAUCAGAUUUAUUCAUUCCAGUCCACGUCCAAUCAUCCGAAGCCGACCUACAGCCUUUCGAAUCCGUCAUCUCCACUCUGGCCUUCUUGAACUCGGUGAAAUUUGACAAGGAAAACACCCAAAACGGAUGGGAAGCGGUGGAAAUCAAAGAAAAUACAAAGAUUUACAGCACUUUCGCCUAA